GAUCAUGCUAUAAAUAGAGGCAAAAUAUUCACUAAUUUCCUCAUCCUUUUUCACUCUAAAUUAUCACAACCUAAAUAUAGUAAGUUAUCAAGUAAGAAAAAAAAAUGGGAUUAAAGGCUUUUAUACUUCUAAGCCUUGUUUUGGCUAUUUUUGCAAUUGUAACCUCAGAUGUUGCUGCUAGGGAGUUGGCUGAGAGCUCCACUACUACUAUGGAAAAUACAAAGAAAUCUGAGAAGAAAAAUGAGGUAAAUGAUGCUAAAUAUCCUGGAGGAGGUUAUGGAGGAGGAGGAUACCCUGGUGGUGGUCGCGGAGGUUAUGGAGGGUAUCCUGGUGGUGGUGGUGGUCGUGGAGGUUAUGGAGGGUAUCCUGUUGCUGGAAUGGAUUUCUUUUGGUUGGAAUUGGAGAAAAUAAUUGGGCUUGAGAGUUAG